AUGCUGGAGAACUACAGGAACCUGGUCUCCUUGGCUCUCUCUCCCAAAUGUGUGAUCAAGGAACUACCACCAAAAGAAAACAGUAAUACAGGGGAAGUAUUGCAGACAGUUAUAUUGGAAAGACAUGAAAGCCGUGACGCCGAAGAUUGUGGCUUCAGAGAAAUCCAGAAAAGUUUUCAUGACUCUGAGUGUCAGCGGAGAGACGGUGAAAGAAAUUAUGAAGGUGUGCUCGUGACCCUUAACAAAAACCUGACUGGUAGAAGAGACGCAGGAAAUGAGCCGAUUGAAAACAGGUCUGGACUAAGCUUUCAGUCACGUCUGGCUGGCGUGCAGAUACUUCAGACUGAAGGGAAAAUUUACGAAUGUCACCAAGUGGCGAGGUCUGUCAACGAUAGUGCCUCAGUUUCACUACUUCACACAAUUCUUCCAAGAGUCCCGACCAACAUCUCUAACGAACGUGGGAAUGAUCCCUUGCGUUCUUCAUUACUCACACAGGACCAGAAAGCGCGCAUCAGGGAAGAACCUUACACACGUGAGGAGUGUGACAAAGCAGUGAAUCCCGGUCUACACCCCACUAGACGUCAGGUAAUCCAGACAGGAGAGAAACCGUAUAAAUGUGACCUAUGUGGGAAGGUCUUCAGUCGCAACUCGCACCUCGUACGUCAUCACAGAAUUCACACCGGAGAGAAACCUUACCACUGCAAUGAGUGUGGCAGGGCCUUCAGUGAGUGUUCAGGUCUUACGAGCCAUCAGGUGAUCCAUACGGGAGAGAAGCCUUACAAGUGUAAUGAGUGUGGCAAGGUCUUCAGUCAGAGCUCAGGCCUGGUGAGUCACCGAAGAAUUCACACGGGAGAGAAGCCUUACAAGUGCAACGAAUGUGGCAAAGCCUUUACCUAUGGCUCACAGCUCACUAACCACCAGGUAAUCCAUACCGGUGUGAAACCCUACAAAUGUAACGAGUGUGGCAAAGCCUUUAAUCAGAGCUCACAUCUCACUAGACAUCAAAUAAUCCACACGGGAGAGAAACAUUACAAGUGUGACGAAUGCGGGAAGGUCUUCAGUUACGAUUCACACCUUGCGCGUCAUCGCAGGACUCAUUCUGGAGAGAAGCCUUACCAGUGCCAUGAGUGUGGCAGAGCCUUUACUAUGCUGUCGAGCCUUACUUACCAUCAGGUGAUCCAUACUAGAGAGAAACCUUACAAAUGUAAUGAAUGCGGCAAGGUCUUCAGUCAGAGUUCAAGCCUGCCUAGUCAUCGGAGAAUUCAUACUGGAGAGAAACCUUACCAGUGUGAUCAGUGUGGCAGAUCGUUCAUUCAACGCUCCAACCUCACUAGACACCAGAUGAUCCAUACUGGAGAGAAACCUUAUAAAUGUAGUCAUUGUGGCAAGGUCUUCACUCAGAAUUCAAGCCUUGUAAGCCAUCAGAGAGUUCAUACCGGGGAGUAA